AAUCUAAAUCUCUGAAUAAUAUAUAAACUUAAACCAAGACCUCUAUUCCUAUUUAUAAAUAUACAUUCAGAUCCAUUCUCCUUGCACAGUGCAAUAACAAGCUAUAUCUCCAUUCUCUGAAGGAAUGGCAAUCUUCAGUAGUUCAUCCAUGGCUCGUGUGAAGAAUGACGCAGAAAACAUUCUUGCGACAAGAACAUUUAGCUUCGCCCGCAUCGUUAAGUACCUUUGGAGUGUCUUGUCGUUGCUCUAUCGUUUUUUUGCCUUUCAUGUGAGUCCUUUUUGGAUUCAACUAUGCUACUUUGUCUCCCUGUGCUUGUUAGGCUCUCUGGCCAUGAUGACACUGAAACCAAGCAAACCUUCCUUUAGUCCUAGAUACGUCGAUAUGUUGUAUAUGUCAGCAUCGGCAUUGACAGUGUCUGGACUCAACAGCGUCGAACUAGAGAACUUCUCAAGCUCCCAAAUUGUGGUCUUGACUCUCUUGAUGCUCUUGGGAGGUGAAGCUUUCACUUCCAUGCUUAGCCUUCUAUUCAGGAAGCUCAAAUACAAUAAACCAGAGAACACUGAAUCUCGCAUCGAUGCCAAUGACAUCGAACUUGAGCCUAGAGAUAUUCCCAUGAAUACAAUAACUCAUGUUGAAGCUGGCCAAAACAUCGCUGUUAUUGUUUCUUCAGACAACUCUUCUUCUUCAUCUUCUUCCAUUGACAAGGACAAGAAGUACAACUCGAUACGGUAUCUUCUCUUCAUAGUUUUCAGUUACAUCUUUUUGAUUCAUGUGAGUGGUUCUAUCUUCAUUCUACUCUAUGUGAGCCUUGUUUCAAGUGCCAGAGAUGUGCUGAAUGGGAGAGGUAUUCCCAAGAUCUUGUUCUCCAUCUCUGUUACUGUUUCAUCCUUUGCUAAUGCUGGCCUUAUUCCUACUAAUGAAAACAUGGUCAUCUUUAAGAAAAACCCCGGUCUUCUACUCAUUAUUAUCCCCCAAAUCCUCGCCGGAAACACGUUGUUUCCCGUAUUCCUAAGACUGAUCCUCUGGGCAUUGAAAAAGAUAACAAGAAGAGAACAAUUUUCUUACAUUAUGAGAAACUCUAAAAGAGUUAACUACUCUGGAUUAAUGUCAAACAAGCUCACUGUUUGCCUUGCUAUGACUGUGAUCUCGCUCAUCGUCGCGCAAGUGACACUCUACUGGGCAAUGGAUUGGAAUUCAGCAGUGUUUGAUGGACUGACUUCUUACCAGAAGAUCGUCAACGCAUUGUUCAUGGCAGUGAACUCGAGGCAUGCUGGUGAAGGCACUCUUGAUCUCUCCAUCACUGCUCCUUCUGUUCUUAUUCUAUUCAUCAUAGUGAUGUAUCUUCCAGGAUCAACUGCAUAUAUUUCAGAAAAAGAUGAAACAGAGAACAAGAAGAGAAAAAGAAUGAGUACAAGAAAAUCAUUUGUGCAUAAAUAUGUGUUUUCACAUAUCACAUGCCUUGCAAUAUUUGUGAUGGCCAUCUGCAUCACUGAGAGGAAGAAACUAUCCAAAGACCCACUCAAUUUCCCUGUCUUAAACAUUCUUCUUGAAGUAGUAAGUGCAUAUGGAAAUGUUGGGUUCUCAACUGGUUAUAGCUGUGAAAGACAACUAGUUCCUGAUCAAACAUGUGAAGACAAAUGGAUCAGUCUGUCAGGCAAGUGGAGUGACAAAGGGAAGCUGAUUUUGGUUUUUGUUCUCUUGUUUGGAAGGCUUAAGAAGUUCUCCAUGGAAGCUGGCAGAGCUUGGAUUUUAUCUUAGUUUACUG